AAUAAACAAAAACCACAAUAAUAAAAUAUAAGAUCCGUCGUAGAAAGAAAGAAAGAAGCCGAUUUCUGAGAAGAAGCUCCCUCAUGAUUCUGUAAGUUGCAGCCAGCCAGAUCCUUCUCUACAGUCAAUUGAGAUUGCUGUAAUAGGAAGAGGAGGAGGAAGAAGAUGGUGCUGCCGUUGAUGAAGCUGGGGACGCUACUGGUGAAAACGAUAAGCAAGCCAUUGGCGAGUCAGCUGAAGCACCAGGCCAAAGUUCAUCCCAGGUUUCGUCAAUCCAUCAUCAACUUCGCUCAGAGGAACCAUAGGGUGACGACGCAGAUACAGAGGAGGAUAUAUGGGCACGCCACCGAUGUGGAGAUCCGUCCCUUGAACGAGGAAAAGGCUGUUCAAGCUGCUGUUGACCUCAUCGGAGAGCUCUUCAUCUUUGCCGUCGGUGGAGGCGUUGUUAUCUUUGAGGUGCAGAGAAGUUCGAGGUCUGAAGCUAGAAAAGAGGAAGCCCGUAAGCAGGAACUUGAGGAGUUGAGAAAAAAAGAUGAACUACUGGAAAAGCGAAUGGCUGAUCUCCAAAGCAAACUAGCGGAGGUUGAAGAACUUGCCAAGGCACGGGGACUGACCGGUAUUUUUAAGUCAAGACAGCAACCCGGUACCUCUACUACAAAGGGUAGCAGCGAGAAGCCAGACGAAAAAUCCAGUGAAUCUUCUUAAUCAAUCUUCAACACUCAAACAAAGUUGACAAUAAAAUACUGGUAAUGAUUCUUGAAGAGCGAGAGGAGUUUCCAAAUUCUCUCCUUCACAUUCUUGUAGAUGGAGCAUCAAAUUCUCUCCUUCACAGUCUGCUUUAUAACAAUGUUCUAGUCAAAAUUAGGUGACAAAUAAAAAAAAAAGAUUUUGAUGUUGAGGUUUUAUAGCUCAUACUUCUUUGUAUUUUCAACAUUCGUUUUGCUUCGAUUUGGUAUUGCUCGUUGGCAAUGCUUGGAUAAUGACGAAUUCUUUAGGAAAGCGACUCUGAGAGAGAUACCAAAUUAUAUAUAUCUUUGUCACUCUAUCUAAAGUUACAUCAGAUUAAA